UGCGCCUAGUGACUGCUGGAAACAGGACCUGGGUUGAAAGCCGGCCGGGCGGGGGCCGGAGGGGCCGAGGGGCGGCCGCGGCGGGGGCGGAGGCCCACUCGGAUCUUUUGCAUAAAAGGGGCAGCGGGGCGCACGCUCCCCUCCCCGGUGCGGAGCUAGCUCUCGCCUCGGGAUCGUUGUUUUCUGCGCACCCCCUCCUCCGCCUCCGCGAGAUUCCCCAUGUUCCCCUUGCCCGGGCGGGUCCGGGGGGGGCCCGGGGCUGCCUCUGCGAGUCCAGCGGGGGACCCGGGCCGGGGCCCUGCCCGCGGCGCCUGCGAGGUCUCGACGAGGAGUGCGCCAGCGGAUCAAUGAGAGGAGGCUCAGAUGAGCCCCUGCUGACUUGAGAGAGACCAAGCCGAUUGCUGAGAGGAACUGGAAGAAGAAAGAGGAGGAGAAAAAAAACAAAACAAAACCUAAACUCAGUGAGACGCUUUCCCUCACCAUGAGUAGUGCUGUGUUAGUGACUCUCCUUCCAGAUCCCAGCAGCAGCUUCCGUGAGGAUGCUCCGCGGCCCCCGGUUCCGGGAGAAGAAGGGGAGACCCCACCGUGCCAGCCCAGUGUGGGCAAGGGCCAGUCCACCAAACCUAUGCCUGUCUCCUCUAAUGCUAGGCGGAAUGAGGAUGGGCUGGGGGAGCCCGAGGGGCGGGCCUCCCCUGAUUCCCCUCUGACCAGGUGGACCAAGUCCUUGCACUCCUUGUUGGGCGACCAGGAUGGUGCUUACCUCUUCCGGACUUUCCUGGAGAGGGAGAAAUGUGUGGAUACCCUGGACUUCUGGUUUGCCUGCAAUGGAUUCAGGCAGAUGAACUUGAAGGAUACCAAAACUCUGCGAGUAGCCAAAGCAAUCUAUAAGAGGUACAUUGAAAACAACAGCAUCGUCUCCAAGCAGCUGAAACCUGCCACCAAGACCUACAUCCGGGAUGGCAUCAAGAAGCAACAGAUCGACUCCAUCAUGUUUGACCAGGCGCAGACUGAGGUCCAGGCUGUGAUGGAGGAAAAUGCCUACCAGAUGUUUUUGACUUCGGACAUAUACCUCGAAUAUGUGAGGAGUGGGGGAGAGAACACAGCUUACAUGAGCAAUGCGGGACUGGGGAGCCUUAAGGUCCUGUGCGGCUACCUCCCCACCUUGAACGAAGAAGAGGAGUGGACUUGUGCCGACUUGAAGUGCAAACUUUCGCCCACCGUGGUUGGCUUGUCCAGCAAAACUCUGCGGGCCACAGCGAGCGUGAGGUCCACGGAAACCGUUGAGAAUGCAUUCAGGUCCUUCAAGAGAAACGACCCCGUUAACCCUUACCACGUAGGUUCCGGCUAUGUCUUUGCACCAGCCACCAGCGCCAACGACAGUGAGAUCUCCAGCGACGCUUUGACCGACGAUUCCAUGUCCAUGACGGACAGUAGCGUAGAUGGAAUCCCUCCGUAUCGCAUGGGGAGUAAGAAGCAGCUCCAGAGAGAGAUGCACCGCAGUGUGAAGGCCAAUGGCCAAGUGUCUCUACCUCAUUUUCCGAGAACCCACCGGCUGCCCAAGGAGAUGGCGCCUGUGGAGCCCGCCGCCUUCGCUGCAGAGCUCAUCUCCAGGCUGGAGAAGCUAAAGCUGGAGCUGGAGAGCCGCCACAGCUUAGAGGAGCGGCUGCAGCAGAUCCGGGAGGAUGAAGAAAAGGAGGGGUCUGAACAAGCACUGAGCUCACGGGAUGGAGCCCCGGCACAGCACCCUUUGGCCCUCCUACCCUCUGGCAGCUAUGAAGAGGACCCACAGACCAUCCUGGAUGACCACCUGUCCAGGGUCCUCAAGACCCCUGGCUGCCAGUCACCUGGCGUGGGCCGCUAUAGCCCCCGUUCCCGCUCCCCGGACCACCACCACCAUCACCGUCAGCCGUACCACUCCCCGCUACCGAUUGGGGGUAAGCUGCCCCCGGUGGCUGCUUGUCCACUCCUCGGAGGCAAGAGCUUCCUGACCAAGCAGACAACGAAGCAUGUUCACCACCACUAUAUCCAUCACCACGCUGUUCCCAAGACCAAGGAGGAGAUAGAGGCAGAAGCCACGCAGAGAGUACGCUGCCUUUGUCCUGGGGGUACCGAGUAUUACUGUUAUUCCAAAUGCAAGAGUCAUCCCAAGGCUGCAGAGCCCCUGCCUGGCGAGCAGUUUUGUAGCAGCAGAGGCAGUACCUUACCGAAACGAAAUCCGAAAGGCACAGAACCGGGUCUGGCCCUGCCGGCCAGGGAAGGAGGGCUGUCCAGUGGGCCUGGGGCCCCUCAGCUCCCUGGGGAGGAAGGAGACCGUUCACAGGAUGUCUGGCAGUGGAUGCUGGAGAGCGAAAGGCAGAGCAAGUCCAAGCCCCAUAGUGCCCAAAGCCUAAGAAAGAGCUACCCAUUGGAGUCUGCCCGCACAUCCCCAGGCGAACGAGUCAGCCGGCACCAUCUGUUGGGGGCCAACGGACACCCUCGCUCAGUGACCCGGACUCACCCGUUUACCCAGGACCCUGCAAUGCCUCCCCUAACCCCACCCAACACUUUGGCGCAGCUGGAGGAAGCCUGCCGCAGGCUGGCAGAGGUGUCAAAGCCCCAGAAGCAGCGGUGCUGUGUGGCCAGUCAGCAGAGGGACAGGAACCACUCAACCACUGGUCAGGCAGGAGCCACACCCUUCUCCAACCCAAGCCUGGCUCCAGCAGAUCACAAAGAGCCAAAGAAACUGGCAAGUGUCCACACGCUCCAGGCCAGCGAGCUGGUUGUCACCUACUUUUUCUGUGGAGAAGAAAUCCCAUACAGGAGGGUGCUGAAGGCCCAAACCUUGACACUGGGCUACUUCAAGGAGCAGCUCAGCAAAAAGGGAAAUUAUAGGUAUUACUUCAAAAAAGCCAGUGAUGAGUUUGCCUGUGGAGCAGUCUUCGAGGAGAUCUGGGACGACGAGACGGUGCUCCCCAUGUACGAAGGCAGGAUCCUGGGUAAAGUGGAGAGGAUCGAUUGAGCCCCGUGGACCCGAAGCUCAGAGACCUGGCUCAGCCCUGCGCCACAGCCACAGAGUAUUUUGAAGGAAAAUGAAACCAACGAAGAAGACGAAGUCGAGGGAAGAACUGGCCCCUGGGCCUCCAGGAGGGGUGGGGCGGUGGCUCCUUUUCAGUGUCCAGGAGCUGGGGACUGAGAUCAGAAAAACCCGAACUAUUUAUUCCAAACAUGACCACUCUGGGCUAUUGAAGAGGCUGACCGUGUUUGAGAGACUGCCAUACAUAAUAUAUGACUUCCUAGGGAUCUGAAAUUCAUAGGCUAAGAGAAAACUGUGUAUAGCUUGCCCAAACAGGAGUCCUUAUUGAUAUUUAUUGAACAGUCGAUACCCCCUCCUCCCCCCCCCCCCC